AUGCCGCCUACCACGCAUCUCCGCGGGCCACCCGAUGAUCCCUCCACCGAGUGGAUCAUCCAAAAGUACGGCGGCACCAGCGUCGGCAAAUUCCUCGAUACCAUCGCACAGCAAAUCGUGCCCUCCUAUCUGGCAGGCAACAAGGUAGCCAUCGUCUGCUCGGCGCGCUCCGGUCAGACCAAGGCGCUCGGCACCACAAACCUCCUCCUUCAGGCCGCCGGCGAGGCGCUAGACGAGGCACAUACCCCCUCUGCAUCCCUCACCAACUCGGUCGCCUCGCUCGCCUCCAACGCCAACGGCGCACAGACUCCCGUUCAUCGCCCAGGUUCCGCCUUUUCGCGCAAGUCCAGCUCCAGAGGAACCCCACUCGGCCGCGUCGAAGCCCUCAGCAGCAACGUUCUCGACUCCAAGCUCGAACAGCUCAAGCUCAACGGCAAGGCCGCGCACCCAACCAACGACGCCGGCUCCGACUCGGACGGCGAGACCGCCUCUGGCUUCAACGCCACCGUCGACCGCAUCCUCUCCGACCACAUCGCCUCUGCGCGCAAGGCAGUCACCAGGAAUAAGCAGCUGCUCGAACAGAUCGAGGCCGACAUCGUCGACGAUUGCGAGCGUCUGCGCGACUUUCUCCUCGCCGCAAAGAUCAUCGAGGAGAUCUCGCCCAAGUCCAAGGACAUCAUCAUCGGCGUCGGAGAGCGCCUAUCGUGCCGCAUCGCCGUCGGCGCCCUGCGCGAUGCCGGCGUAGAGGCAGAGCUGGUGACGCUCGAGAGCAUCGUCGACCCCUCCUUCUCCGCACACGCUAUCCAGGACGUCGGCGGCGAAUUCACGCUCGACCAGGCCUUCUAUGACCAGCUCAGCGACGCGCUCGGCGACCGCUUGCGAGCAUGCACGGGCGUGCCCGUCGUCACCGGCUACUUUGGCAACGUCCCCGGCUCGCUCCUCUCCCAGAUCGGCCGCGGCUACACCGACCUGUGCGCCGCUCUCUGUGCCGUUGGCGUCAAGGCCAAGGAGCUCCAGAUCUGGAAGGAGGUCGAUGGCGUCUUCACCGCCGACCCGCGCAAGGUGCCCACCGCCCGCCUCAUCCCCGCCAUCACCCCCGAGGAAGCCGCAGAGCUCACCUACUACGGCUCGGAAGUCAUCCACCCCUUCACCAUGGAGCAGGCCAUCAAGAAGGCCAUCCCCAUCCGCAUCAAAAACGUCGAGAACCCCACCGGUAUGGGCACCGUCAUCUUUCCCGACGUCCCCGAGGGUCACGAUGGCGCCGAAGACAAGCUCGUCGACGGACACGUAGACCAGCCGCGUCCGCCCAUGACGCCCUCGGCUAGCAAGUCCAACUUUUCGGCGUGGGGUACGUCGGCCAAGACGGAUGCGGCGAGGCCCGUGAUGGGCGAGAGGAAGCUGCCUACGGCGGUGACGAUCAAGGACAACGUGCUGGUGCUCAACGUGCACUCGAACCGCAAGACGGUCAGCCACGGAUUCUUUGCCAAGAUCUUUGGUACGCUCGACAAGUACGGUGUGGUGGUGGAUCUGAUUUCGACGUCCGAGGUGCAUGUGUCGAUGGCCAUGGCUGCCGGCUUGCGUCCGCGUACGCUCGACAAGGUCAAGGCGGACCUGCAGAAGGUGGGCACCGUAAGUGUACUGCGCGACAUGGCUAUUCUCAGUCUGGUGGGUAAGCAUAUGCGCAACAUGGUGGGCGUUGCGGGUCGCAUGUUCACCGUGCUUGCCGAGGGCAAUGUGAACAUCGAGAUGAUCAGCCAGGGCGCGAGCGAGAUCAACAUCUCGUGUGUGCUGCACGAAAAGUUGGCGGUCAAGGCACUCAACCUGAUCCACUACUCGGUGCUCGAAGUGAGCCCCAAGCCGUCCAACUCGGAAGCAGGCGCGUUUGGAAGGUCGUUCUUCUAA